ACUUCUCCUUCACGAGGAAAUCUGCAGACGCUGGAAAUUCAAGCAACACACUCAAAAUGCAGCAGGCCAGGCAGCAUCUAUAGGGAGAAGCACUGUCGACGUUUCGGGCCGAGACCCUUCGUCAGGACUAACCGAAAGGAAGAUACUCAGAAUGCAACAACUUCGUCACGCCGGCACCGCCUCCACCAAUAGCAGCUCGCCAUUCGGAACCUUCCCUUCCCGGUAACCAAUUGACGUGAUCCAGGCCGGGGGGCGGGUCCGACGCGGAAGCAGCUAAUUGUGAUUGGGUGGAGACUUCAUUUCCCCGGCGACGCAAGGCCCAGGUGACCGACGCGGGGAAAGAGCAGAGUGGAGGCUGAAGUGGUGCCAUGUCUGUGGCCGCUCUCCUAACCCGGUUCCGGCCCCGGCCCGGGCUGAGCGGCUGCUGGUCCCGCGGAGCCGGGAUACAAAGAUUUUCCUCAAUUGCAGAUCCAGAGAUUAAAGUUUGUGUCAUUGGUAGUGGCGCAGCAGGUUUCUACACUGCACAACAUCUAUUGAAGCAUCACAAAUCCUCUGUGGUUGAUAUCUAUGAAAAACUGCCUACUCCAUUUGGCCUUGUGAGAUUUGGCGUUGCUCCUGACCAUCCAGAAGUGAAGAAUGUUAUCAAUGCGUUCACUGAGACGGCACACAUUAAUCGCUGCUCAUUUUAUGGAAAUGUCACUGUUGGGAAGGAUGUAAGCAUCGAGGAGCUGAAACAGGCAUACCAUGUUCUGGUAUUGAGCUACGGAGCUGGAACUAAUCGGAUACUUGGAAUUCCUGGGGAGAAUCUACCAGGUGUAUAUUCUGCAAGAGCAUUUGUGGGCUGGUAUAAUGGCUUACCUGAGAACAGAAAUCUGAACCCUGACUUGAGCAGUGAGACGGCAGUCAUUGUUGGACAUGGAAACGUGGCACUUGACAUAGCCAGGAUUCUCCUUUCUCCCAUUGACCUACUUAAGAAAACAGAUAUCACUGCAAGUUCCCUGGAGGCAAUAAAAAAUAGUAAGGUGAAGCGUGUGAUAAUUGUUGGGAGAAGAGGACCUCUCCAGGUUGCAUUUACCAUAAAGGAACUCCGUGAGAUGAUAAAGUUGCCAGGUACUCGUUCGUUGCUUGAUCCUAAUGAUUUUGAGGGGCUUAAACAUGUUGUUAAAGACCUGCCAAGGCCAAGGAAACGGCUGAUGGAACUGUUGAUUAAAACUGCUCUUGAAAAUAAUUCUGGGAAAGAAGCUGAGUUACAAGCAGCAGCUACUAAAGAAUGGAGCCUUCAAUUCCAGCGAAGCCCCUUGGAGAUUAUUCCAACUAAUGAUGGAAAACGUGUGGGUGGGAUUCGGCUGUCUGUCACCAAGCUGGAGGGUUCAGAAGAAUCUGCAGUGGCCAUUCAGACAGAAGGUGUUGAAGAUCUGGAGUGUGGAUUAGUGCUGAGCAGCAUUGGCUACAAAAGCCAUUCGAUUGACCCCUCUGUUCCAUUUGAUCAACAGCAAGGGGUGAUCCCAAAUAAGUUGGGACGCGUCCUACAUGCACCAGGCAUGUACUGCAGUGGCUGGGUAAAACGAGGACCAGUAGGGGUCAUCGCAACCACAAUGAAUGACAGUUUUGAAACAGCCGAAUCUGUUUUGGAAGAUGUACAAUCAGGAAUAUUGGAUGUUUCUGCUUUGAAAGGAGGGUAUAAAGUAAUUGAGGCCUUGCUUAAGCAAAGAGGAAUCUGCCCAGUUUCAUUUUCUGGAUGGGAAAAAAUUGACUCCUUUGAAGUGACAGAAGGAGAAAAAGUGGGCAAGCCCAGAGAGAAACUACUAACUGUGAAAGAAAUGCUGGAAGUGGCCAAUCAGUAACCAAGCUGCCAAAUGAAGGGAUUCAUACUGAGAUCUGCAUAGUACACACUGCCUUGCUUCUGAACAUUGUUAGUGGCUGAUUUAAUGGAGAAAUAUUUCUUGAUCUUUGUAAAACAGUCAAGAUCAUAAGGUUCUCUUGAAAAAGGAAGUCUGUGUCUAUGAGAAACGGCUACAAAGGUUUGCUGUUUUGAAAUUGAAGUAUUAUUCCAAUUUGUGUUGAGAACAUUUUUCCAGAAUUUAAACAAUUUCAGCAGAAAGAACUUUUGAUGGUGCUAAACUUGACUUUCUCCAGUGUGGAAUAAGACCAGCUUUUUCCUAACUUGAAGGAUUGCCCCCUAACUUGCAUUUUCUCUUUGCCAACUGAGUACUCAGUUUUGAGAGCUGGCAUCUUCAAUUUUUUUUUUCCUGUGCUAAUGCUACUGAUGUAUGAUAUUUCACAAAAUAGAAAGCUCUGAGGUGUAGAAAUAGCAGCUAAUAGAAGUUAUAUUGAUUAUUGUUAUACUAGAAUUUACAUUGCCUUAGGACUUGUUGCUUUAACCAUAUAACAAUUACAGCACAAAAACAGGCCAUCUCGGCCCUUCUAGUCCAUGCCAAACACUUACUCUCACCUAGUUCCACUGACCUGCACUCAGCCCAUAACCCUCCAUUCCUUUCCUGUCCAAUUUUACUUUAAAUGACAAUACCGAACCUGCCUCUACCACUUCUGCUGGAAGCUCAUUCCACACAGCUACCACUCUGGGUAAAGAAAUUCCCCCUCGUGUUACCCCUAAACUUUUGCCCCCUAACUCUCAACUUGUGUCCUCUUGAUUGAAUCUCCCCUACUCUCAAUGGAAAAGGCCUAUCUAUCUAUCCUCCUCAUAAUUUUAAAUACCUCUAUCAAGUCCCUCCUCAACCUUCUAUGCUCCAAAGAAUAAAGACCUAACUUGUUCAACCUUUCUCUGUAACUUAGGUGCUGAAACCCAGGUAACAAUUCUAGUAAAUCUUCUCUGUACUCUCUCUAUUUUGUUGACAUCUUUCCUAUAAUUCAGUGACCAGAACUGUACACAAUACUCCAAAUUCAGCCUUACCAAUGCCUUGUACAAUUUUAACAUUACAUCCCAACUCCUAUACUCAAUGCUCUGAUUUAUAAAGGCCAACAUACCAAAAGCUUUCUUCACCACCCUAUCCACAUAAGAUUCCACCUUCAGGGAACUAUGCAGCAUUAUUCCUAGAUCACUCUGUUCUACUGCAUUCUUCAAUGUCCUACCAUUUAUCAUGUAUGUCCUAUUUGGAUUAUUCCUGCCAAGAUGUAGCACCUCAAACUUAUCAGCAUUAAACUCCAUCUGCCAUUGUUCAGCCCACUCUUCUAACUGGCCUAAAUCUCACUGCAAGCUUUGAAAACCUACUUCAUUAUCCACAACGCCACCUACCUUAGUAUAAUCUGCAUACUUACUAAUCCAAUUUACCACCCCAUCAUCCAGAUCAUUAAUGUAUAUGACAAACAACACUGGACCCAGUACAGAUCCCUGAGUCACACCACUAGUCACCGGCCUCCAACCUGACAAACAGUUAUCCACCACUAUUCUCUGGCAUCCCCCAUCCAGCCACUGUUGAAUCCAUUUUACUACUUCAAUAUUAAUACCUAAUGAUUGAACCUUCCAACUAACCUUCUGUGCGGAACCUUGUCAAAGGCCUUACUGAAGUCCAUAUAGACAACAUCCACUGCUUUACCCUCGUCAACUUUCCUCGUAACCUCUUCAAAAAAUUCAAUAAGAUUUGUCAAACACGACCUUCCACGCACAAAUCCAUGUUGACUGUUCCUAAUCCCUGUUCCCUGUCUAUGCAGAUAGUUAUAUAUGCCAUCUCUAAGAAUACUUUCCAUUAAUUUACCCACCACUGAUGUCAAAUGGACAGGCCUAUAAUUGCUGUGUUUACUCUUAGAACCCUUUUUAAACGAUGAACAACAUGAGCAAUACGCCAAUCCUCUGGCACCAUCCCCGUGUUUUAUCAAGGAAAUGUGGACUUUGUAUGUAAGUGCAGUCUGGCUAAAGUACUUGUUCUCUGCUGUUUUUGUUCCAUGGUUCUGCGUUUCUUUAAUGUUGCACUACUGUGAUUUUGAAUACAAAACUUAUGACUUCAGAUGUUUUAUGUUACUGAUCUUUUAUGAAACAAUUGAAUUAUUUUUUUGCCUUACUCAUUUAUCCUGAAGUAUUUUUCCACUACACUAAUUUUUAUUGUUCAUAGUUAUGUUAAUCAGAUUUGACUCUCUUACUUUGACCAGUUUGGAUUGGCUUGGAGUCCAGUUUAUUGGCACGAAUAAGGAAGUAGGGAGCUACGAAGUUAAUUAAGCAAGGUACAAAUCAAAAUAGAAAUGUAACUUUCUUUAAAAUUGUGAAUACCUGUGGUGUAUGAACUCUAAACAAAUAUUGAAACAUUUACUGCUAUCAUUUCAUUUUGUAUUGGGCCAGGUAAUGUUGGAUCUGGUCAGCCACACUCAGCUUGGCCAGUGGUGUCUUGCCGUGGGUAGGUAGUCUUGAAGGCUUAUUCAGAAUGGGCUUUGAAAAGGCAAAACCUUGUGGGAAGUGUUUGCCUUUUGACAAAAUUGCCAAGAAUUUUAAUAGACUUCUAAAAUUGAAGUAAGUAAUUAAGAACAAACUAAUAAAAUCAUUAGAUGCCUCCUAAUGCUUAUGCCUGUAAUCCCUUUGGAUUUUAUUGUUGCCUUGGAUCAUAUGUUAAAUUUCAUGUGAGUUCCAUCAAGGAAAGGCUCUGCCAUUGAACCAAAUAGUGUUUCGUGGCAAACCUUAGUUACAACACAAAUGCAAUGAGGGUCGUGAAUGUUUGAAAAGGACUAAUUUUAAUUCAGUUAAACCAUUUCAGACUGUUUUUUCCUGCAACUCAGUGUUGAUUUGAACUUCAGUUGAAAUUCAGUGAAUUGUCUUUCACUCACCUGAGUGUCCAAGACAUAAUGAUGUAGAGUUGUAAUACAGUUGGCCCUCCUUAUCCUAAUCGGGAAAGUUCUCUCUCCAGCACUCGUUGUUUGAGAGUGUACAGACUAUUUUUUUCUUGUCAUUAUUCCCUAAACAAUACAGUAUAACAACUAUUUACAUUGUAUUAGGUAUUAUAAGUAAUCUAGAGAUGAUUUUAAAGAACAGGCAGUCCCCGGGUUAUGAACGAGUUCCAUUCCUGAGUCCGUCUUUAAGUCAGAACAGGUACCUCCGGUAUUAUAUAGCGUCAGUCAAACGUUUGUCUUAGUAUAUAGUAUAUAUUUUACCUUUCUACACAUAUAAAACACUUAAGAAACAUAUGUAUUUCAAUAAUUAAACCACUGCCUUGAUAAUAAUAAUUGUAGCUUUCAUCAGGGCAGGGCCUUUCUCACUUUAUCCAUUAAAAUUGUUCCGAUCGUUGACUGUAGCCUAAUGCUUUUCCAAUGACUGAUGACGUUUCACCUCUUUCCAAACGCUUUAUUAUUUGCACUUUAUUUCCAGUCGUGAUCAUUUUCAUGAACAGAAACAUUGUGGAUUCAGAGCUGUGCUGGGUUCUAAAGUCCACCACACUGAGACAUGUUAAAUAAGGGACUUGAGCAUUCACAUUUUUUGGUAUCUGCGGAGGGGCCCCGGAACCAAUCCCCUGCGGAUAAGGAGGGCCGACUGUAUAUGCCAACUGGAACUCUUUUCGUACUUUGGUCUUUUGUACACAAUUAACCCUAUAAGCAAAAACAGUACAUAUCAGCAGCUCAGAACUGCUAUUUAUGUCGACAGAAGUGGCUGUACAGUAUUUCAAUUAGCAUCUUUACAGAGCAGGAGGUCAAGUUGCCAGUUGGACACAUUCCACUCACAGUGAUCCUGUAGUGCCAUUGAAAUUUAGCCCAAACAAAUGGUCUGGAAGUUACUUUUUACUGCUUGCCUGCUGUAUUUGGAUAGGUGGUUUCAUUGUAUUUCCAAAAGGUAGAUCCAACUGCACAAGACGGCUCUAAGUUUGUUAUUCACACCAGUCUUGCCCAAAAUGCCUGUUGUGGGAAUGAGAAAUUACCAUGUCAUAGCAGAUUCCCAUAAGAUGUAAUUACAUUAUAGUUGGGGGACUUUUAU